AUGAAUUCCUCAAAACGAUCAAAAAGAAACCAAUAUGCUCAACGCAAGUUCGACAUGUUUGAUGGUUUUGACCACGUCUAUUAUAGACCAUCAAAAUCACGCGGCCAUGUUUUCAAGUCAAUUGUUGCUGCGAAGGAAGCAGGAUUUAUCGAUUUAAUUAAUUUUCGUUUGACUAGAUGCAAGAUCGAAAGGUUGCUGCAAGAGAAUGAAAGCACGAUCGGUCUUGAUAAUCUACCUAAACUGUAUUUUGAACGGUUCAAUCGUGUUUUGGUUUAUGAUGGCAAAUUGUCUAAAGCGUUGAAAUGCUCUAUGCCUAAAUUAAAUUUUGAAGAUUGGGGCAGGAUGAUUGUGUCGUUGAAACCACAACAACAGACCGUCGAUGCUCAAUUUGAGACUCAAUCACAACAACAAUUAGAACCACAACAAAUUGAAUAUAAUGAGAAGCAUGGCACUUUCAACAACGAUAAUAAUACGUGCGGAAUUGAUUUUACAUCCUGCGGAGAAUAUAAUACGAACUCGAUGACCUCGAUUUUCUCUCCAGAAAUGCCACAAUCUUCAUCAUCACCUUAUAUUGACCAAGGUUCUUUACCUUAUGAUCCAAAUAAUCCAACUUGUGAUGAAAUAUUCAAAAUCGAUCAAAAUGAGGCGUCAUCGUCUUCUUUACCAGCAAGAAUGAAUGAGGAUAGCGGUGAAUCAAGCAACUGCCAUAUAACUCAAUCUUCAUCUUCACAAUCUUCCGUUCAAAAUCGAGAUGAUACUGAUUUGAAAAUAUACAGUGAAUGUUGUUGUCAUCAAAGUGAAAACCAAAUUUGGUUGCAUCCAGCGAUUUCUGUGCAGAAUAAUCAAACGAUGCAAAAUUGUUCGCAUGAUCAAGAUUUACACCCAUCUGAUUCAGAAAUUGCGGAUUGUGACUAUAUUAAGGAAAAUGAUGGCCGCAACGAGAACGUCGAUAUGUUCGACGAAUUGACUGAAUUGCAGCAGACUAUAAUUGAGCUACUAUUAUGGGAUUAG